GCCGUAGAACAGAUCUUGACUUUCUCAAAUCUUCACUAUGUCACUCUGUAAGUUGACAUCUGUAGUCGCAAUCGUAAGUUUGAUUGCUGUAUAUAUUGCCAUUGUCAUGGCAGGAGGGAGCUGUCAAAGCUAUGGACACUCUUGUCUUGGAGGUCACGGCAAACGCAAUGGGGAAGCAAAAGAAGCAGCUUACGGCCUACAUUUGCUACUGCAGCAAGCGCUAAGAGACCGGAUGCCAUUUUAUGACUACAGAAGUCCUGAUCGUGAGGCAUACGACUUUUUAAGUGGUUUCUCCGACAAUAGAAAAGAUCUGGAUAGUAAUCUACAGAAAUGAUACCUGCCGACGUCUGUGAAUGAUGAAAUGUAGAACGCUUGUAAUGACACUUCUGUUAACAAUAAAUGCUUAAGA